AUGGAACAUACCAAAAAACUGAAUGAAUUUUAUUGUAAGUUUAAUCAACACUGGGAAUUAAUUUAUAAAACACCACAUGAUGACUUUGAUGCAAAAACAUUUCAUUCCCGUUGUGAUAAUCAAGGACCAACAAUGACGAUUAUUCUAUCAAAUAACAAUUAUCUUUUUAGAUCUGAUCGUUUAACAUGUUUAGCAACAGAUAAUUUUCAACCAGUACACAGUCUUUUCGAACGAUUUGAACAUUAUUUUCAUUCAUCACGUGUUCUUUUUCGUACAUGUCAAGAAAAACAUCCAAUAACUGCUGAUUUAUGUUUAAAAAUCAAUAGUUAUUUUUUAUUUGAUUUUUUUAUUGGUAUUCUUCUUACAAAUCGUUCAUAUUAUAAUAAUUUAAAAACAUUUAUUAAAAAACUCGGUGAAGAUUCAUCAAUAAUACGUUCAAUUAAUUUAUAUUUAACAUCUAAUUUAUCAUUUGUUAUUAAAUAUGCUCAAUAUAUAUUUCGUUUUGCUAUUGCUAUAUUUCAACAUUUAUCAUUUGGUAAUUUUCCAACAAUAACAACAACAAAUAAUUCAUUAUCAUCAACAAAUUUAAUUCAUUUACAAAUUGGUUUACAAUUAGCUUUUAUGCUAAUUGAUUUAUUGUUUUCAAUUAGUGAUCAAAUUAAAUAUUCACCAGAUUUUCAUGAACAAAUCAUAAAUGUACUUGUUCGUAUGGCAAUUUUAUUUCAAAAUCGAUAUUUACAACGAUUACAUAUACUUAAAUUAUUAAAACGUUUUUGUUAUCGAUAUAAAACGAAAAUGUUAAAUUGUGAAUCAUAUUUAAAAAAUCUAUUUGAAUAUAUUGAUACAUUUCGUGGUGAUCAUCUUCGUUUGGUAUUUUCUAUUCUUGCUUCAAUGUAUAAUACAGGUGUAUAUAAUGAUCUAAAUAUGUUUGUUACUAAAUGUUUAAUUCAACCAUAUAAAGAAAAAGCUCGUGGUGUUUUUGGUGCUAUUGAAAUUUUUCGUUCACUUCUACUUAGACAUGUAGCAGAUUUAACACAAGCACCAAGCAAUGGUAAUAUUCGUCUUGAUGGAAAAAUGACUAAUCAUGAAAAUGAAUUAAAAGAUCUUCUUGGUCUUGUACAAGCAUCUGGUAUGCAAUGUCCACAAACAUUAGCAUUAUUCUAUGAUGAAUUAGCAACAAUACUUGGUUCAGCUAAUACUCAAAAAUUACAACAACAACAAUUCAAUGCAUCAUCAACACAAAUCGAUACACAAUCUAUUAAUUGGUUUGCUAUAUCAGCAGCUGAUAUGUUUCAAGAAGCAUUUCUUAAUGAUACUAAUAUAUCAGUAACGUCAAAUUCACUUGAUAUAAAUCGUUUUGCACAACAAACUCGUAUUGUUUAUAAUUUCGAUGGACAAACAGCAAAUGCAGCAAUACUUAAUUUAGCAAAUAUUAUUUCGAAAUAUCAUCAAUAUCGAACAAUGAGUGAUACAUGUUCAUCACCAAUAUUAUUAGCACCAAUGUUACGUUUAAUUGUUUUAGCAUCAUGGUCAAAUAUAGAUCAAGUUGAUGCUGUUCUACAAUGUUCAUUACGUAUACCUGAUAUAGUAUCAUCAAAUAAUAUUGAUAUUGAUGUACCAAAAUCUUUAGAAUAUUAUCGUGAAAAAUUAAAUGAACUUUCAAAUUUAUCAUUAAAUAUUUUAUGUGAUGUUUAUUAUUAUGCCAGUCGAUUAUUUCGUGAAAUAUGUAAUUUACUUUCAUUAGUUAUUAAUCAAAAUGAAUCAUUAAUAACAACAAGACUUGAACAAUUAACUGAUAUUGAAGAACAUUUUUCUAUUUGUGUACAAAUAUGUCGACAAAAAUAUGGAUUUUAUGAACCAAUUUGUUCUAAUAUUGAAAGAAAUAAAAUUAAGAAAUUUACAAAAAAAAUUACAAUUAAUAAAAUAAGAUCAAAUAAACAAACACAAGGAACUAAACGAUCUGUUCCAAUAACAGAUGAUGAAGAAGAUGAAGAAAGUAAAAGUGAAGAUGAAGAAAAUACUAAUAAGAAGAAAUCUCGCACAGCAAUAGUAUCAAAGCCAAAAGUUAAACCUAAAAUUAAAUCAAAACAAUCAUCAGUAUUUGAUCUAUAUGAAUUCGAUAUACGUCCUCUUGAAUACAUAACAUUUCCAUAUAUAUCAAAAUAUCUUGAAGGUUUGCCAAAAAGUAAUGGUAAACAACGUUUAAUUAUUCUUCGUUGUGUAUCAACAUUAAUGGGUGAUCUUCAUCGUUUUUUAACAAAUAAUAAUUUAUCAAUAUCAUCAAUAGGUAUAAUUAAGAAACGUUUUAAUACUCAUACAGCACCAACAACAUUACAAACUCAACAAAUACGUAUUGAUAAUGAUAAUAAUGAUGAAAAUGUUGAUGAAAAUAAUGAUGAUAAACUUGAUUUUAUGACAUUAGAAUAUUUUGAAAUGUUUUUAAUACAAGUUAUAAAUACAAUGAAAUAUAUUCAUAUGUUUAUGAGUACAACAAAUAAUGAUAGUGCAGAUCAAUCGAUGGAUACAGAUGAUGAUAUAAAUUGUUUAAUUGAUCGUGAUCAAAGUCGUGAUAUAGCUAGUCAUGCUUUUUAUUAUGCACUUGAUAGUUUUUAUUUUUUAUUAAGUUUAUUUAAAGUUAAACAAAUCAAUUGGCAAAAAGAUUUAGAUAAAGAUGAAACAUGUUUAAAUUAUUUAUUAAAAAUUCUUACUCAUCAUAUUUUAUUAACAAAGAAAACAAGUGAAAAAGGAAAAGAAGAACAUGAACAAGAGAAUGAACGUGUUCGGAUAUUAAAAAAAGUUUUUUCAUUUACUGAUAUUCUUAAUUUGAUUUAUUCAACACGUCUUUGUCAAUCUCUAGAAUUAUUUAUUCAAUUAUUUGAUGAAGAAACACAUCAGGAUGAACUUUACAAAAUAUUUACUGCUAAAUGUCGUCAAUUUUUAGAAGAAUGUAGUCUUGACGUCAAUUCAAGUACAGUUAUAUCAUUUUCAAAAAUAACAUCUGUACGAGCUGUUGAAAUACUUCUUAAUUUAUAUUUACUUCAUGUUGAAUUGAAUGAAAUUAAUCCUAUUAUUGAUGGAUUAAUACAUUAUUCAUUAAAAAUUUUUAUACGAGUUGAAAAAGGUUUAAGAAAUGAUAAUGAAAAUAUGGAUGAUGAUACAUCAGAUAAUUUAAUUGUUGAUUUAUCAACAUGGAAUAUAAAAUCAACAUUUAUUGUUUAUUUUCGUUGUCUUUUUAAACAUUUUAUUAUUAAAGCUCGAUCAAUUAAAUUACCUAAUGAAUCAAAGAAAAAAAAUGAACUCGAAAAUAUAUGUACAGAAUGGUUGGAACUUAAUGAAUUAUUUCGAAAAUUUGUAUCAUUUGUUACUAUUGAUCAGAUAUAUGCAAAAAAUGCUAUGGUGAUUUCAACUAUUCUUCGUUGUUCUAAGCAAUAUAUUGAUGUAUUUCGAGCUCGUGCAAUGCCAACAUUAGAUCUUUAUUUUUUACAUGAUACAUAUGGAACAAAGCAGUUAUUAACUAUAUUACAAAAAUCAACUCGACUUUUACAAUCACUUUGUAAUAUGGUUAAAAAAGAUCAAAAACAUAUGUCAUGUAUACGUCUUAUACCAGCAUUAAAACGUACACUUGAAAUGCUUAUGUGUCGAGCGAAACUAAUGGUUGAUAUUAAUAAUUGUCCAGCUAAUGUAUUUUGUAUUGGUCAAUUGAAAGCAAAAGAUUUAAAAGGAAAUGAAUUAGCAGAUUUAACUUAUCGUCAACAACAUGAAGAAGAUGAAAAUGAAAAUUCUACGACAGUUGAUGAGGAUUCAAAUGAUGUACGACCAGAUCAAGAUGAAGAAGAUGAAGAAGAACAGGGUGAUGAAGAAGAAGAAGAAGAAAAUGAUGAAUGA